UAUACUUCACUCCUCCUUUCUUCCGCCAUCGUGAGCGUCGACUCGCCCCUCGCGGACAUUCGCUUCUCUCAUUCACCCCGAACAACUGUCCAUACAUCAAUACUGAUCAGAUGCCUGCACCAACUCCGGACCCCAAUCGACCAUGCCUCGAAAUGGUUCGACUUGGCGUAUGCCGUUUUGGAACCAGAUGCGCAUUUGUUGAGUCGCAUUCCUGGGAUCGUGCAAAGCUACGGAAAGCAAGCGCAUGCCACGCGUUUCGGAAUCGCAGAGAAUGCCCAAGAGGAAAGGAGUGCAAAUUUUUGCACCUUGAACUUCCACCCGACCCAUGCUGGCAAUUCGUAGCUACUGGUCGUUGUUAUCGCGGUUCAACCUGCAGGUACUCCCACACCAAGCCCUCAGUGCCAGAACCAGAGCCCGAGAAACGACGCAGCAAGGAUAAAGACAAGCGUCCUGACACGAGCAACAAGGAGUCAAGUCGAAAGCCUAAGUAUACCCGCAAUCCUGAACAGGAGGACGAAGACGCUUCAGACUCCAAGUAUCACAGGGAGCGUUCCACGCAUCGUUGUAACCCCUCCAGCCAGACAAACAAUAAAACCAAAAACAAUCACAAAUAUGCGCCACCUCCCUACACGCCUCCUACCCCUGACCCUCCCCCUCCCCCUCCUCCUCCACCACGUCAGGUCAGCCGGGACUCUAGCAUUGGGACUGAAGCAUAUCAAAGGGGUGAUUAUAAACAAGCUAUAAGAUCGUUCACACGUGCAUUGGAUGGAAAGGAUGUCCAGCAGGGUGACCGCAUUUCUUUGCUCAGCAAUCGGGCACAUUCCUAUCACAGACUUUAUGAAUUGGAACGCGAUAAUAAAUUCCUCGACACGAUCCUGGAAGAUUGCCUUGAUGUAAUCAAACUCGCAGGGUCGACGGGUCAUUUCAAGUGCACUAUACUCGCUUCCAAAGUUCAUCUCUAUCAACUCCAGUUCGACGAAGCGAUGAAGCUAGCCAAAUCUGCACACGGAAAGACGGAUGGUAAUGUUGCCAGGCUCACAGCUGUACUCGAUCUCAUGGAUUGUAUCACCUCUGGACGAAUCGCCGAACAAAGGAAACUCGACUUGGAAGAGAAACGUCUCAGAGAGGGACGAGAGAAAAACACAGCAGAGGCAAGACGAGUGAAGGCUUUGCUUGCAGUCUUUGCGACGAUGACUCCUCAUGAGAUCUUGGAAUUGGCACCGACCGCAACCAAGUGUGAGAUUAAGCUCGCAUACAAGAAAGCGGCCCUCAAAUAUCACCCCGAUAAGCCUGGAGGAGGUACGUAGGCUGUCAUUAUGUCUGAGUAAUCGUGCUGAUGAUCCCCACCCAAGACAAACUGCUGUUCCAGAAGGUAUGUUCUGGGGUUCGCUGCUGAUGUGAAGUCGCUGACCUAAAGAUCAAAAACGUGAAAU